UACAUAAAUAUACAAACAUUCACAAUUCGUUAAGAAUAAAAUUUUUAUUAGAUUAAAGAUUAGGUAAUAUUUGAACUUGAAAAAAGAUUAAAUUUUGUAUCACUGAUUUAUUUAUCAAAUAAUAUGAAAACUCAUAUAUAUAUUUUUUUAUCAUAAGAGGAAUAAACAAAAAAAAAUUAAAAUAAUGAAUAAGAAAUUGACAGAAAAUCAACUGCAAGAACUAAAAGAAUGGUUAAAUAAAUUUUCUCUGGAUAAAAUUGAUUUUUCUAAUAAAUUCCAUCGAGAUUUUUCUGAUGGAGUAAUAAUUGCGAUGAUAUUGAAAGAGAUAUACCCAAAAUUAGUAGAUUUGCAUAACUAUCCAUCAAGCUCUUCGGUUAAACUAAAACGAAUCAAUUGGGAGACACUCAAUCAUAAAGUAUUUAAAAAGCUUGGUAUCCAGCAGAGCCCCAAUGUUUUGGAUUCGAUUUCAAGAUCAAUUCCUGGAUUUAUAGAAAUUCUUCUAUUCACAAUAAUGCGCAAUGAAGCUUUGACACAAAAAAAGAAAUUUGAAUUGGAAAACUCGAAUUUGGAUGAUUCGUCUUAUAUCGUGAAUGACGAAAUCGUAAUGGUCAAUAUAAAUAAAAAUAUUGGCGAUGCAAUUAUACAAGUUCCACAGAAAAUGAUUCUUUAUUCGAUAUUUGAAGAAAUCGUACGUGAAUCAAAAGAAAAGGACAUCAAAAUUGAAGUACUUUGUCAAAAAGUUGUGCAUUUGGAAAAUAUUAUCGGACUGAAAAAUGAACGCAUUGAAGAAUUGACGGGCCAAAUAAAUAAACUGACUGUUCGGAAACUUGAUAGCGAUGAAUCAUUGAACUUAUCGGCACCAAGUUCUUCUGUUCUUUGCAAAAUUGAGUAAUUGUAAUGAUUUGUUACGUUAGAUUUUUCUGACAAAAACUUAUAUACAUAUCAAAAAAAGGAAUAUUACAGAUAUUUUAUUCGAGCUUAAUUUUAUUCUAAAUAGUUCUCAAUUAUAUUUGAUACUGAUAUAAAAAAAGGGAGAUUUUUUCUAAGUUUUCAAAUUUACAUCCAUAAAUACAAAAAUUUUGGCACAUCAUGUUUUUAUGAUUUAAAUUUCUUAUUAAAAAAAUAAAAUAUAUUUUACUGUA